CUGUCCCUCCCUAAUGCUUCUUCCUGCAGGACUGCUGGUGGCAGCAGGAUCUCCCCUGGGUCCCGCCAGGCCUUGGGGGCAGCCGGGCCCUCCGGGCACACGGCUUCUCAGGCAGAGCUGCCACCGGCCAGCAGGACAACAGGCCAGGCCAGAGCCGGGCAGCGGGGGGCUCCCUGAGGGGGUGGAGUACAUCCCCACCCGCAAGAGGGGCAAGAAUCCGAUGAAACCGGUGGGAGUGGCCUGGUACAGCCUGUAUGCCCGCACGCGCCUGGGCUACCUCUUCUACCAGCGGCAGGUGAAGAAGGCCCGGGAGCGGUACCCACAUGGCCAUUCUGUGCCCCAACCCUGCUGCUUCCCUGGGGUGAAAAUCCUGCCCAUUCCCGUGCUCUCCAACAACUACAGCUACCUGGUCAUCGACACUGGCUCCAGCCGAGCGGCCGUUGUCGACCCCUCUGACCCACUGGCUGUGCAGGCUGCCAUUGAAGAAGAGGGGGUGAUGCUGGAGGCCAUAUUCUGCACGCACAAACACUGGGACCACAGCGGGGGGAACGCGGCGCUCUGCCAGAAGCACAAUUCCUGCAAAGUAUACGGCAGCGCUCUUGAUGCCAUCCCACAGCUCACCAACCCACUUGCAGACAGGGAGAAGGUGAGUGUGGGCUGCCUGACCUUUGAGGCGCUCGCCACACCUGGCCACACUGUGGGCCACAUGGUGUACGUGCUGGACGGGGAGCCCUUUGGCAGCCCCCCCUGCCUCUUCUCCGGGGACCUCCUCUUCCUCGCUGGCUGUGGCAGGCCAUUCGAGGGCUCCCCUGAGACCAUGCUCGCCUCCCUGGACAUGGCCGUGGGCUUGGGUCAGGACACGCUGCUGUGGCCGGGCCACGAGUAUGCACUGGAGUGCCUGACCUUUGCCAGCCUCCUGGAGCUGGACAAUUCUGCGCUGGAACAGAAGCUGCAGUGGGCAGUGCAGCAGCGCCAGGAGAAGAGGAGUACGUGCCCCUCCACACUGGGGGAAGAGCAGACCUACAACCCCUUCCUACGGACACACCGGCCGGAGCUGCAGGAGGCACUGGGACUGUGGCAGGAUGGGGGAGAGGAUCCCGAUGCCUUCCGCGCCCGCGUCCUCAAGGAGGUGCGGAGGCGCAAGGACCUCUACCAAGCCACCUAGAUCUUCCCUCCCUUUUCCAUGGGGCCAGGUGAUAUUUGGGCACAAGGGGCCUAAGACUCUGUGUGUUUCAAUUUGCUGUGAAUCUCCCUCCUGGGGUGCAUGGCUGGGGGGGAAGAAUGGACACCCCUUUACGUGGGCACCCUGUAAGUGAUCCCUGCCUUUGCUCCCCCAGACUUGGGGGUCACCAGCUGUCAUAGAAGCACCUCGAUCCCCUUUCUGGGGGUCUGUAGCCCCCCUGCCCCACUGCUAGGGCUAUAGGGAUGGCACCAAGGGCUUUUCCUAUCCCCCCUCCCUGUUUUUCUGGGAGUCUCCAAUUUCCCCACCACCACUACCACUCAGCUCCCUCCCCUCACCCUGGCAGCCCCUAGUGCUGUGCAUCUCUUUUGGAGGGGGCUGUGAUGCAGUCUGCAAGGGUAGGUGGGGGGCAGUACUACCUCCAGGCAAGGGGCUCCUCUCCAGCACCCCAUCCUUGACGCUGGAGCCCCCCCUGCGCGCACACACACACACAGAGCUGGGGACAUGGGCUCACACUGGUGUGGGGUGGGGGAUGCUACUGUACGGGACACACACACACCCUUCCACACCCCAAAUAAAAGACUAGAUCGAUUUUA